AUGCAUGUGUGCAACCUUGGAAUACUGCAAACAUUGAAUGGUAGCUUGACCAGCCUUCUCUGUGAGAAAGGAUUCUUUGGCGGUGGCAAGUUGGAAGAUCAACUUAGAGAAUUGUCCUCGCGCUUUCGUUCUUGGGCUCGCGUCCACCAAUUUCAGCAUUCGCAGGGAUACAUCACUGUGGGGAUGUUGCACAUGACCGACGGGUUCCCUGCUCUGACAUGCAAAGCCUGGAAUGGUCAGGUCCUACUGACUUUUCUAGAUUCAUGUGCCAGUAUCUUGUUUCAGCAAUACCCAGAGGAGGAAACUGAGUUGGCCUCUUUGGCUUCGCGGGCGAUGGUUUGCUGGUUCGACCGUUUAGCACGGUAUGGGAGAUACCUCACCGAGAUUGAGGCCAAGGACAUUUCCAAAUUUGGUUUUACUUUCUUGACGCUGUACCAGAAGUUGGGGUACUUUUCCAUCAUCCACAAUUGUGGAAGAUGGAAGUUGCUUCCAAAGCACCAUCCCUUUCGACAUGUCAAUGAAGAUAUGUUGUCAAUGAGAGUGAACUAUCGAUACGUUCACACAUUCAAAGAUGAGGACAAUGUAGGGGUUCUCAAGAAGUUGGCGGAACGCGUCACCAAAGGUGACCUAAUGGAAUAUAGGGUGUUGUGUCGGUUUCUUCUGAGGUUGGCAAGCUGGCAACCAUCUUAG